AUUACCCUGGGUAGACAUUGAGAAAUAAGCAGGAAACCAAUAAUGAUCUGUUGUAAUUUAUAGCUUGAAAAAUGUGUGGAAAAACGUGACAGUAUAUUAAGGUAGAGUUAGUAUUGGCAACAGAUUAUUGGAAGCUUCACUGGAUGAACAUCUAAUGUAAUGUCAGAUUUGCUGAUCUGGCUGGAAACUCCGAGUAGAUAGAAGAUUGGACUGAGAGGAGGAAAAGAAGAUACAAAUUAAAACAAUUGAAAUAUAUAACAUUUUAUUAUAGUGUUCAGAGAGUUGAAAAAAAAUAAACAUACAUUUUUUUCAAAAGUACACUAUUUGGAACUUUUAUAAAGAAGUAUUGCUUAACACAAUAAAGGGCCAUAAAUAUGAAUAUGAUCAAGUAAAACUAAUUGUGAGCUUGUUUUAAAGAAAGAUAUCGAAGAUGUCAUCGGCCGGAAGCCAGUUUAUCUUGCUUCUGUGGAAAAACUGGAAAUUACAAAGGCGUAAAAUUUGUGUGACGAUCUUCGAGAUUAUUGUGCCGUUGUUUUUUCGCGCUCCUGCUGCUUAUCAUUCGGGCUCUGUCGAAGUCAAAGUUUGUAGAUACAGAUACAACGUUCAGUCCAUUUUUCCUGGAAGACAACUUGAUCACCAAUUCGAAAAGUGUUGUGUAUUACACACCGAUGAACACAUUUACGGAUAAAUUAAUCACUGAUGUUAAGAAUGUCAACAAUCUUACAAAUUUCACAUUUACUGGAUUUGCGAGCGAGGCGGCUAUGUUAACUGAAUGGGAAGAACAGCCAAACAACAAACUAUGGGCGGGAAUCGUGUUCACCUCUGACACCACAACGGCUUCUCCUACAGACCUGAAGUACACGCUACGUGUCACUUGGCGUAAUGGAAAGGCUGACGGCGAUCGCUGGAGGACGGAAUUAACAUACCCAUUCUUUCAGGCUUUUGGUCCGAGGAAUAAAGAAGGCACUGGCGGAGAGCCUUUCUACCACGACACUGGCUUCCUCACACUCCAGUACCUUAUCAACAAAGAAUUCAUCAAGUUGAAGAACUCCACGAGUGACAUUGGUACCGGCCUUAACGUGUCCAUGCAGAAGAUGCCCUACCCUCCAUACUUGGACGACGUGCUGGCCACUGUCCUUCAGUCUAACCUGCCCCUGUUCCUAGUGUUCAGUUUCAUACUGAACACCAUCCAGAUGGCGAUGAAUCUUGCGUACGAGAAAGAAAAGAAAUUGAAGGAGGCGAUGAAAAUGAUGGGCCUGAAGACGUCCAUGUACUGGAUCUCGUGGUUUGUGAAGAACCUCAUCUACCUGGUGUUGGUAAUCAUUGCCUACACCCUGAUCUUCAGCAUCAAGCUCCAGGAGAAGGGCAGGGUCAUCAACUACGCGGACAUGUCGCUGUUCUUCGUCUUCCUUCUGCUGUACAUCCUGGCUCUGAUUGCCUUCGCGUUCAUGGUCAGCACUUUCUUCUCAAAAGCGAACUCCGCAGCCUUUGCAGCGGGAAUUCUCUACUUCCUGACCUACUUUCCAUACUUUUUCCUGACUAAUAACUACGAGACGAUGUCCAAAGCAGAAAAGUAUGUUGCGUGCCUCUUGCAUAACCAGGCCAUGGCAUUCGGCAUUAAGUCCAUGCUGAUCUAUGAAGGCACAGGUGAAGGAGCACAGUGGAGCAAUUUUUACGAACCAGGAACGGUGGAUGACAACUUUGCACUGAUUGACGCCAUGGUGAUGCUUAUUGUUGAUACGGUACUCUACAUGCUGAUUGCCUGGUAUGUGGACAACAUCAACCCUGGGGAAGCCGGUAUCGCCCAACCCCCGUGGUUCCCAUUCCUGACAAAGUACUGGUGUGGAAAAAAGCCGUCGUAUUGGUGUGGGUCAAAGGUAAAUGACUCUGACAUGAUUAACGGACACCAAAAUGGAGCAGUCAUUAACCCCAAGAACUUCGAGCGUGACCCGCCUGACGCUAGGAUUGGCAUCAGUAUACGAAACUUACGAAAGAUGUUUGAUGGAGGCGUGUUUGACAGGUGUAAGAAAUCCUUCAAGGCUAAGGUUGCAGUGGAGAAUACGACCUUGAACAUGUUUGAAGGUCAAAUUACAUCUCUACUGGGACAUAACGGAGCUGGAAAGACUACAACCAUAUCAAUGCUAACUGGAUUCAUGUCCCCUACAAGUGGCUCUGCGAUCAUAAAUGGCUACGACAUACGUACGGACAUAGAAAAGGUGCGACAGAACCUGGGACUCUGCCCUCAACACAACAUCCUGUUUGAUCUACUCACGGUGGAGGAACAUCUCUACUUUUUUGCAAAGCUGAAGGGAUGCGAUACUAAAAGAGCGAAUAACGAAGUGCGGGAGAUGAUCAAAGUUCUGGGUAUGGAACACAAGAGGAACGCGUUAUCUAGCACACUGUCCGGGGGUCAGAAACGCAAACUGUCUGUGGGCAUAGCUCUGAUUGCUGGCUCCAAGGUGGUUAUUCUGGAUGAGCCCACAUCGGGUAUGGACCCUGCAGCGAGACGUCAGACAUGGGAGAUACUGCAGAAGUACCGAGAGGGUCGUAUCAUCAUCCUGACCACACACUUUAUGGACGAGGCAGACAUUCUGGGAGACCGGAUCGCCAUCAUGUCUGAUGGGGUUGUCAAAUGCUGUGGCACCUCAAUGUUCCUCAAGAAACUUUAUGGUGCGGGGUACCACAUGGUGAUAGUGAAAGGUCAGUCAUGCAACGUUGACAACCUGACAGCACUCGUAAAGUCUCGGAUCCCGUCAGCUCAGCUCAAGAGUCAGAUCAGUGCGGAGGUGACAUACGUUCUACCGUUCUCUGAGUCCAAGAAGUUUGAAGGGCUGUUCAAGGAGAUUGAGGCAAAAUUGAAAGAGCUGGGGGUGAAUAGCUUUGGUGUGUCCGCUACUACCAUGGAGGAGGUGUUCCUGAAGGUGGGUGAGGGAGUGGCAGAUGAAGAUGUGACGAUGCCUCAUCUCAAUGUCAACAACCCAAACUACCAAGAAGAAGCACUUCAGGAGAAGUCAACGUUGCUGCCCAAUAUAACCCCUGUAACCCCAGUGGAACAAAACACUAAGCCUGGCUCCCCAUCCUUCAGUUCUCUGUCAGGGCCCAAGAACGGCACUGCUGUGGGGUACCAGAACGUCUACAAUCCACCCCCAGAUACUGUUAUACACCUGAAGGAACCCAUUGUGAACUACAUCGCAUACAAUGAAGGCAUCCGAAGAAACACCGGGGCCGUGUACGCUUUCCAGCAGUUCUAUGGAAUGCUUGUCAAGAAAUUCAUCCAUGCAACACGAAACAUUGCCAUCGCAGUGGCCCAACUUCUGCUUCCGAUUAUUUUCACCAUCUUGGCCCUAUCUGUCGAAAAAGCAAUCCCAGAUGUUGGCGAUGACCCGGCCCUUGUGUUGAAUAUGAAUCCUUGGAAGCAAUACACCGUGCCCUACAGUAAGGGUGUCAACUCUGACCUUACCACCACCAGUUAUGCUGAUGCUUACAAGAGCUUGUUUGGAAACACAGAUCUUGUUGAUCGAACAACGUAUCCAACAUUCAAUGACUAUUUUAAGGCCGUUCAAGAAGAUCAAGGGAUUUCUACGUUCAACAGACGAUACAUAGUGGCAUCGGACUUUGACAAACAGGGAAGUCAAGUCAUGGCCACAGCACACUUCAAUGGUCAACCAUACCAUGGAAUCGCCAUAUCGCUGCAGUUCAUGAUGAACGGAAUCCUCCGAAAGUUUGACCCAACCUCAAACAUUGAGGUCACAAACCACCCUCUGCCGAAAAAAGAGUCUGACAACGUGCGGCGGAUUUUCUUUGCAACAAACGGCACAGCCUUCACAAUUGCUAUCUCAAUUCUCUUUGGAAUGGCUUUCAUGGCGACAAGUUUCAUCAUUUUCCUCAUCAAAGAACGAUCUGUUGGAGCGAAACACUUACAGGCAGUCAGUGGAGUGCGACCAUUCGCAUACUGGCUCUCGUGCUUUGUUUGGGACAUGUUCAAUUAUCUGGUACCCGUAUUCAUUAUAAUGAUCUUGUUUGCCAUUUUCGGAACAGAUGCGUACGUCAACGACGGUAGACUGGGUAUCGUGUUUUUGAUCUUCUUGCUUUACGGAUGGUCAGUUCUGCCGUUUGUUUACAUGCUGCAUUUCCUGUUCAACGUUCCUUCUACAGGGAUGGUGGCGGUCUCGAUGAUAAAUCUUCUGUCCGGUCUGAUAUUCCUGCUAGCGACCUACACCCUCAGCAUCCCCCUCCUGGGUACAGAAGCUAUCGGGAAGGCCCUGGAGAUCAUCUUCAUCAUCAUCUUCCCCAACUACGACCUUGGCCUGGCUCUGAUGGACAUGUACACUAACUCGGGCUAUAAAGACAUUUGUGGGCCCGUACGGGAAACCGUCUGCAAGUUAAUUGCUGCUGGACGAUCGAAUGCCACGAACCCUUGCUGCUUUCCAGAUUUCUGUGGUGAGGGUGACGAUACCACAUGUUUCACGUACUACGAUAAUUUCCUGCAAUGGGAGAAACCUGGCAUUGGCAGGGAGAUUCUUUUCAUGGCCAUCCAGGGCGUUGUGUUUUUCGCCAUUGUUCUGUUGGCUGAAUACGGGAUUCUUUCUCGCAUCAAGAAUGCAUUGACCGGCGGCAUGCGGGCCUCUGUGGGGUCACAGGUCAACCUUCAAGGUCAGGAGGAGGACAGUGACGUGGCUGCUGAGGCACGGAGGAUCAAUGCAAGCUCUGCACAGGAGCUUCAGAAGACUGACUCUCUCAUCCUGAAGAAUGUAGACAAGAUAUACGACACGGGUUUUCACGCGGUAAAGAACAUCUCCUGUGGGAUUCCAAAGAACGAGUGCUUUGGACUUCUGGGACAGAACGGGGCUGGGAAGACUUCUACUUUUAAAAUGCUCACGGGAGAUGAGGCUCUGACAUCAGGCAAUGCAUACCUGAAUCAAUACUCAGUGAAGAGUAACAUAAAGAAGGUCCAACAAAACCUGGGCUAUUGCCCGCAGUUUGACGCCCUGAUAGACCAGAUGACAGGCCGUGAGACGCUCUACAUGUACGCCAGGCUGCGAGGCAUCGAGGAGUCACAGAUCAGUGGCAUUGUGGAGCGACUGAUCAACAUCAUGAUGCUGCAGAAACACGCAGACAAAGAAACAGGGUUUUAUAGCGGUGGCAACAAGAGGAAGCUGAGCACAGCCAUAGCCCUAAUUGGGGACCCGCCGUUCAUUUUCCUGGAUGAGCCUACGACGGGUAUGGAUCCUGGUGCGCGCAGGCAGCUGUGGAACGUGCUCUCUGACGUGAGGGCCAGUGGGCGUACCCUCAUACUUACAUCUCACAGUAUGGAGGAAUGUGAUGCGCUGUGUACGAGGCUUGUCAUCAUGGUGAACGGCAGAUUUGUCUGCCUGGGCAGCCCCCAACAUCUCAAGAACAAGUUCGGUCACGGCUACACUUUGUUCUGCCGCAUGGGGCUGAAAGAUGGCGUUGUCAUCAGUAGCACCGAUUUAGUCAACCACUUGAAAGGGAUUUUCAAGGACCUGGAAGUCUUCGACACGAAUCAAGGCUAUGUGCAUUUCAGGAUACCGGACGACAAUGCGAAGUUGGCGCAAAUUUUUGGCGUGAUGGAGCAAGCUAAAGAGCAGUUUGAAGUUGACGACUAUUCGGUGCAUCAGACAACGUUGGAGCAAAUUUUCCUCACAUUUACUCAAAACCAAGUUGCGCCGAAGGAAAAGGACAAAAAGAAAUGUUGCAAAUCGUGUUGUUAAUUUAAAACAAAUACAGAGAGACCUUGUCUUGGUGCAGAAAUAUGACCUUAAGACUUGAUGAUAACACUUUGGAACAACAUAAAAAAUUGUAUAUAUAUUUAGCAGAAAUAAGUGUGCGUUUAUUGAUGUUCAGACUCUGAAAUGAUACCUUUUACUUUGAUGUGUUGGUACAGAAAACAAGAAGAACCAAUUUCAUGACAGUUAAACUUUCAAAUGUGUAUUGUUUAACAGUGAAUUUAGACAUGCUUUAUAUUGAUUUAAACAAAAACAAAUCAAUCAAAGCAUUCAAUUAAGCUAGUAACAUAAACCAAAAUUCAAUAUUAAUAUUUAUGUCAUAAUAUUAAUAUAUUCUGUCAGAAUACAGGCUGAAAUUAGAAUUCCAAAGUUAAUAUUUGUUUCUUUGUUACUUACUGUUUAUUUUAGACAAUGAAUAUUGUUGACUGUUGUAUGCUUUCUAUGGUUUAUCACAUGCACAAUCAUAUUUUUAACUUUGUACUUGUGUAGUUGCAUGUUACUUAAUAUAUAAAUGGUUUCUUUUAUUUAUUCUCAUUGAGUCCAGUUUUGCCGCAGCUUCACCAACUGCCCUGUUUUAUUUUUAUGUGUUUAUUAUUUUCAUUUAUAAUUUGUCUCUUCUCACAAUGUUUAUGGUAGGAUUUACAUAAAAAAUCCAGUUGACAAAUUUGUGAUAAAUUUGAUAUUAACGAUAAUGCAUAAGACAAGAGCGAAGGCUUGAUUGUUUAACAGAAACACCAAGGGAAAAUAUUCCAUACAGUUUAAGAUACAGACUUAUGUAUUUGAUUAACCCAAAAGCAAUUGUUAAACUGAAGUUCAUUCUCAUAUGUUGUUGGUAAUUCUGCUUAACCACCAAUUUAUCACAUUUGUAACACUGUUUUAUGAUGAUAAACUUGUAAUUGAUGCUAAAUUAUGAUUUUAGUUUGAAUGUUUAUGAGCUUGUAUGAAAUUCUACGUUCGAUAGAAUUUGUGAUAAUGUUAUUAAAUCCACUGAACAUGACCUUUUGGUCUUUAAAUGAAAUAUUUUUCAUAUUUUUAUUUUAUAUUGUUACCAUAGGCCAACAGCUGGUCUGUACUUAAAAAACCCAUCAAAAUGGGCCAUACAGAGGUUCCUAUUUCCUUAACUUGCUUGAAACAAGAUUGAAAAAUGUAUAAGCAUAAGUUUUUCCAAGACUCAUCUAAACAAUUGUUUUCUAAUUUGCACCACAAUUGUAGCUAUUUAGGCAACAAAAACUAGUUUGUUUGAUAUAAAUCUUCCAAAAAAUAGGGUAUGUGGACCAGAAAAAAGGUUGAACUUUUUUAUGAUAUUUGAAUUAAACACAUUUAACAAUGACCUUCAGAAAUCUUAAAAAAUCUCAAUUUAACAAUCUUUCUUAAACUAAUGUUAUUUAAUUUAAAGAACUAAUGCAAAUAUCAAUGAAUGGGGCAAUAAUGAUAGAGAAUUCAAUAGUAAAUUUAUUAAAUAUGAUCAAAUGAAGCAAAUUAGAAAGACAACUCUACAUGAAAUACAACAAAAAAAUGGAUGGAAGGCAAAAUGAUUGGUUAAUAUCAUUUGUAUGAAAAUAUAACUAAGAGAUGUUUGUUUUUAUCUUGGUAAAUCAUCUGUGAAUGUUUUUUUUUUUUAUGAUGGUGUUUUCAUGCUUUGGUGUAACAAAGUCGUAGUUUGAUUUUUUUAUUGCAUCUUAUAUUGUUACUAGAUGUUUCUCAUUCUUUUUCUCAUAUUGAAUUGUUAGAAUUAAUUGUAUUGGAAGCAUAAGACUUGGCCCUGAUAUUUUUACUUUUUCUGUAGCGAUAUUGACUUAGUAAGUCCCAAUUUUCAUAUGACAAAAACUGAACGUCACAACCCAAAUUCAAAAUAAUGUGAUUAUCUGACAUUGAUGUGUAUGUAAUUUGUCUGCACACAACUAGUACAUGUUUUAUUGCAAUAUAAAAAUAGUGAGCUAUGGCUAAUCCUUUGAUACCUGAUUAAGGAAUGAUAUAUUUAGCAGACCUUUCUACAUAUAUAUAUAUCAACUCAAUUGACAAAUUUCAAACAGAAAUCCUAAUUGUAUCAUAGUACUUUUUCCCCAGAAUGUAAGGAAAAAAAGCGUAUUUUGUAUCGUCUUUACACAUUAACAUAUACAAAACUGUUAUUUGAAUGGACUUGUUAAUGGUUAAAAAAAUGACCAUUUGAAAACAAUUGUCAUAGAUUCAAAAAAGAAUGUAUGCAAUUUAUCAAAACAAUCAUAUUACACCCCUCCUCGUUAAUUUGGAAAAUACCUGUUUUACUAACAUAGUAUUUAAAAAUGUGCUUUUAACAGAAGGAGCCUGCAUGGUCCAGUGGCAGUGCUGAGGUCAUGAGUUUGAGAACCGGUGAACUUAAAUUUUUGUAAUUUACAUUUUUUUCUUGCUAUUAUAAUGAUUUUAAACACCAGUUUUGUGAUAUAAACUUUAAAUUGCUUUUUCAAAUUUGCCAAUAUAUGAUACACAUAGCUGUAAACAAGUCGCUUAAAAAAAACUAGCUUAAUACUUUGUUGGGUUCACCAGUAUGCCUGUGUAGUUUUGUCCCUUUGUAAUGAAACCCCAGUUUUAUUCUGGUUUAAUACCGAUAUGUUGCAAAAUGUUUAAAACACAAGCAAUAUCUACUGAGCCUUAUUAUAUUAAAUACCAUUCAUAUUUGGAGUAGUAACCCAGAAUGUAUCUUAAUAUUUGCGAGUGCCGCAGUGUAUCGAUAAGGAUUUUAAACACCAGUUUUGUGAUAUAAACUUUAAAUUGCUUUUUCAAACUUACCAAUAUAUGAUACACAUAGCUGUAAACAAGUCGCUUAAAAAAAACUAGCUUAAUACUUUGUUGGGUUCACCAGUAUGCCUGUGUAGUUUUGUCCCUUUGUAAUGAAACCCCAGUUUUAUUCUGGUUUAAUACCGAUAUGUUGCAAAAUGUUUAAAACACAAGCAAUAUCUACUGAGCCUUAUUAUAUUAAAUACCAUUCAUAUUUGGAGUAGUAACCCAGAAUGUAUCUAAAUAUUUGCGAGUGCCGCAGUGUAUCUAUUUACAGUAAUAUAUGACUAAACAAGUCAAAGCCUCUUAUGACCUUUCAAACCUGAGAAACUUCUGUGUUACCUAGUAAUAUUUUGAAACAAAGAUUCUAUUAAAUACAAGACAAAAAUAAACAUAAAUUAUUUGGGCCAAAUGGCUUAUUAUACAUGACAUUUUAUGUUACAAAGAACUUUAACAUAUUCAUUCUAGGUUUAUAAUAAAUCAGUGACAAACCCAGAACUUUUUAGCUCACCUGAUUGCUGAGGUGAGCUUUUGUGACCGGUCUUUGUCCGUCUUCCGUCUGUCCGUCAGUCCGUCGUCCACAUUUGGUUUGUAAACACUCUAGAGGCCACAUUUCAUGUCCGAUCUACAUGAAACUUGGUCAGAAGAUUUGUCCCAAUGAUAUCUCGAUCAAGUUCGAAACUGGGUCAUGCUGGGUCAAAAACUAGGUCACUAGGUCAGAAAAAGAAAAACCUUGUAAACACUGUAGAAGUCACAUUUCAUGCCCAAUCUUCAUGUAACUUUGUCAAAAUGUUUGCCUUAAUGAUAUGUUGGUCGAGUUCAAAAGUGGUUCCGGUCCGUUGAAAAGCAUGGCUGCCAGUGGGUGGGGCAGUUUUCCUUAUUUGGCUAUAGAGAAACCUUGUAAACACUCUAGAAGUCACAAUUUUUGCCCAAUCAUCAUGAAAGUUGGUCAAAACAUUGGUUUUAUUGAUAUCUCGGACGAGUUCGAAAAUGGUCGAGAUCGGUAAAAAAACAUGGCAGCCAGUGAACGGGGCAUUUUUCUCUAUAUGUAUAUAGUGAAAACAUGUGAACACUCUAGAAGUCACAUUUUUGGCCCGAUUUACAUGAAAUUUGGUCAGAACAUUUGUUUCCUUGAUAUGAGAGUCUUAUGAAAGAGCUCGAAAAUGGUUCCGGUCAGUUGAAUAACAUGUCUGCCGGGGGGGGGGGGGGCAGUUUUCUAAUAUUUAUAUAGUAAAAAAAAGCUUGUGAACACUCUAGAAAUCAUAUUUUUUGCCCAAUCAUUAUGAAACUUGGUACAAAGAUUGGUUUUAUAUAUAUCACAUAAUUAAUGCCAUAAUUAUUGCCCUUAGAUUGUCCAAAUUUUCAUUAUAUUAUACAAAAUCCUUGUAAACACUAGAGGUCACAAUUUUGUUUCAGAUUUUAUGAAUCUUGGUCAUAAUAUUUAUUUUUGUAAGCAAAGUUUGAUGUUUGGUAAGGGGGGGUAAACUCAAAAUAUAGGUCACCAGGUCAAAUCUUACAACAACAAAAACACUCCAUAUGCAAGAGUUUUGGUUCAAUAAUGAUGAAACUUGACCAGGAUGUUUGUCUGGACAAUAUCUAGGUCAAGUUUGACGUUCGGUAAAGAUUGAAUGAACCGACUCAUCUCAGGUAAGCGAACUAGGGCCAUCUUGGCCCUCUUGUAUAUUUAUUACCUCAAACUCAACUGUGAUUCGAUAGCUGUAAAACCAUGAGGUUUAUCUGUCAUAUUCUUAUUUCUUCAUUUUCUUUACUUAAUUAAUGAAAAAUGGUGUAUUUUAUACUCUUUAUGUUUUAUUGUGUUGAUGUUUUUAAAAUAAAUUAUGUUCAUAA